GGCGACCGUGGCGGAGGCGGUGGCGGAGGCCUCCGUGGCGGAGGCGGAAGCAGAGGUGGAGGCUGAGGUGGAGGCCGAGGCCUCGGCGGAGGCCAGCCUGGGGGAGGCGGCGGCCCUGGCCGGGGAGAAGGCAGAGGCCGGCGGCGCGGCCGCGGCGGUGGCAGCCACGGAGGCCAGCCUGGCGGAGGCCAGCCUUGAGGAGGCCAGCCUGGCGGAGGCGGCUGCGUCGCCUUCCUACGGGAGGGUGGAUAUGGACGAAGAGCUGGCGGCGGCCUUGGCUGCAGAGGAGGAAGAGGCGGCGGCCGGGGGCUCGGACGAUGGGAACCCAGACUUUCCCACGGCCUCGCUGUACGUGGGCGACCUGCACCCCGAGGUGACCGAGUCCAUGCUGUAUGAGAAGUUCAGCCCUGCCGGGCCCAUCCUGUCCAUCCGCAUCUGCAGGGACAAGGUCACCCGGCGCUCUCUGGGCUACGCAUAUGUCAACUACCAGCAACCGGUGGACGCCAAGCGGGCCCUGGAGACCAUGAACUUUGACGUUAUCAAUGGCAGGCCAGUGCGCAUCAUGUGGUCCCAGAGGGACCCGUCGCUCCGCAAGAGCGGGGUGGGCAACGUCUUCAUCAAGAACCUGGGCAAGACCAUCGACAACAAGGCGCUGUACAACAUCUUCUCGGCCUUCGGCAACAUCCUGUCCUGCAAGGUGGCCUGUGACGAAAAGGGGCCCAAGGGCUACGGGUUCGUGCACUUCCAGAAGCAGGAGUCUGCCGAGCGGGCCAUAGAUGCGCUGAAUGGCAUGUUCCUGAACUACCGCAAGAUUUUCGUGGGGAGAUUCAAGUCCCACAAGGAGAGAGAGGCCGAAAGGGGAGCCUGGGCGCGCCAGUCCACCAGCGCUGACUUCAAGGAUUUCGACGACGACUCCGAUGACGAGGCCACCUUUCGAUGAAGACAUCCCAGGACCCAGCCAGUGAUGCAAUUCAUGGUAGAAAUGUCUGGAAGGAGAAGGAAGUCUGAUGUGGGAGAAAGAAGCAAGAGUCUAAUUGCUUCCCACCAUCCUAAUACCCAGAGAGAAGCCCUUUUAUCUUCUUUGGUGUGCUGUUUUUCCAGGCUCUCUGCGCCCCUUCUCUCUCCCUCUCACCCCAGACCCUCCUUCCCUAUUAACAUUCUUGUAGAGUGGUUCAUGUACGUGGUGUUUCUUAACCUGCUUUUUUCAGCGACUAAAACCAAACAGAAAUCAACGCGUUGAACUUCUUUCCAUGCUAUUCAACAGGCUUAUGAUAAGACCGUCAUCUUCAGUGCCUGCAGAGUGCUCCUGUGUAUCUAUCCAUGGACCUUAACAUUUCUGUAAUCAUUCCUGCAUUGUUGGACAUUCAGGUGGUGCCUAGUUAUUUCCCUGUGUUUAAAACCAACACUGUGUGCCCUGAGGAGUGAAUCCUUCCUUGUCAAGCCAAAUCUAGGCUAGCAUCCUGGAUGCUCUCUCCUUAACUGUGGACUUGCAGGAUCCACAUAUAGACGUUUCAAAGACUUUCCCUGUGUGUUGCCAAAAGGCUCCCUUUCAUAAGCAUUGUACCAGUUUGUAUUUGUGCCAGCCAGCCAGUGCAGCUAGUAAAAAGAAAAAAAAAAAUGGGUAUGCUCAUGUU